AUGGGAAAUUGUUUAGUCGGAAAGAAGAUUGAAAAUGUUGCUGAGGAAGAAGAAAAAUGUAAAGAAGUGAUGAAGAAAGGUUACAAAAAAAAAGAUCGGAAAGUGAAGAUUGUUCUAACGAGAGAUGAGUUAGAGAAACUCAUUCUUUUCCAGCUUAAUGCAGAUGGUGCAGCCAAAGGAGGAGAUGCCACGUUGGCUUCUUUCGGAGAUUUUCUCAGAGAGCUUGAAGUAGACAGAUUAGCCGGAGAAGCUGCGGCUGCCGAGGAAGAGAAGUAUUGCCGGAGAUCAUGUCGGAGGUGGAAACCGUCGUUGGAGAGUGUCAUUGAAUGGCCUGAAGAAGUAUAG